AUGAUCGAGUACAUUUGUUUAUUACUCAUUGUUUCUCAAGUUAUCCUAUUACUAAUAUCACCGAGAUAUCGAUUAAUAUGGCCAUUUUCUGUAUACUACAAGAAAGUUUUCCAUCCGUUGAUCCAAGAUAAUAAGAAGUUCAAAAUCAAGUUUUAUAUUAUCCCCAUUUUCUAUUUCGUAUUGUACUUAUAUCUAAUAUACUGCUAUUACUCGAAAGUGGCUCCGUUUAUCAAUAACCAACUAUGGGCCUUCGAAAAAUAUAUGUGGAUUCCACUUAUAAUAAUAGCAUCACCACUAAUAUUUGGCGUAUUUACAAUGUUCACCAAACCCACAUAUACUAAAAAAUACAGUGACGAAAUCGAUAACGAGUAUGCAUUUGAUAACCUAAUAUUCUAUCCCCAAAUACUCUGCAGAACAUGUCAAUCAUAUAAACCCGCAAGAUCGAAACAUUGCUCAAUAUGCGAUAGGUGUGUGUUAGUUGCUGAUCAUCAUUGCAUAUGGGUGAAUAAUUGUGUUGGUAAGGGUAAUUACACCUAUUUUUAUAUGUUUUUAAUAACAAAUACGUUUUCAUUAACGUAUGCGUUUAUUCGACUAUUGACAAUUUUUUACACAACCAAUGUGUACCUCCCAAAGAAUACAUUAACCCUAACGAUUUUAUGUGGGUGUUUCUCCGUUAUUUGUGGAAUCUUUACAUUUCUACAAUUAAAUCUGGCCCAAGAAGGAAUGACCACCAAUGAAAAAGACAAAUGGUUUACAGUUCAUGAAUUUAUGAGAGAUGGUAAACUUGUCCGUACUCAAUCUGGAAGGUGGUAUUUUGCUGACCCUCAUGAUUCCGAUAUCUCUGAAGAUAGUGUAUUUUACAGUACUAACGGUUAUGACCAUACUGAGUAUACCCUCCGAAACUUCGAAAUUAUCGAGGACCCCUCACGGAUAACAAACAUUUACGAUCGAGGAGAUUUCUUGGCAAAUUUACGUGAUCUGUGUAAAUAG